GGGCUCUGUCCCGCCCUCCUCACCUUCCCCCCCGGCCGGCGUUCCACUUGGUACGUUCAAGAUGGCGGCCCCCAUGGCGCGGUGUGGGAUGCUCCUGGCUCGGAGGAUGUCUACGCCUCUCCUUUCCCUGGCAGGUAGAAGAUGCCUGCUCUCCGCAGCAUACGUGGACAGCCACCAGUGGGAAGCCAGAGAGAAGGAGCAGUGUCACCUGGCUGACCUUGCAUCCUUAAUGGACAAAGCCUACGAAAGGAAGUUGCCUGUUAGUUCUUUAUCGAUAUCACGGUUUGUGGACAACAUUUCAUCUCGAGAAGAUAUAGAUUCUGCAGAAUACUAUCUUUACAAAUUUCGACACAGUCCCAACUGCUGGUACCUGAGAGACUGGACCAUCCACACCUGGAUUCGACAGUGUCUGAAAUACGGUGCACAAGACAAAGCCUUGUACACCCUUGUUAAUAAGGUUCAGUAUGGAAUUUUUCCAGAUAACUUUACAUUCAAUUUACUGAUGGAUUAUUUCAUAAAGAAAGAAAAUUACAAAGAUGCUUUAGCUGUGGUUUUUGAGAUCAUGAUGCAAGAAGCCUUUGAAGUGCCGUCCACCCAGCUUCUCUCCCUCUAUGUCUUAUACCAUUGCCUGGCAGAGAAGACAGACCUCACAAUUAGGGAUGCUCAACUCAUGUCAUCUCAGACCCUGCCAACAAACUCUACUGGUCCCAGCAUGUCACAGUGGGAAGAAGAGAGGAACUUGGGGGCGUCCCUGUUGCUUCCAGGCCUAAAACAGAAGAACACAGUGGGCUUGAGCUCCCAGCUCUACGGCUGUGCGCUUCUCGGAAAGGUGGAGCUGCAGCGAGGGCUGCGGGCCGUGUACCACGACAUGCCUCUGAUGUGGGCACCAGGCUACCUUGACAGAGCCCUUCGAGUGAUGGAGAGGGUGGCCUCCUCCCCCGAAGACCUCAGGCUGUGUGGAGAAGCGCUCAGUGUGCUGGACGGAGUCCUGACGGUGCUGACAUCUCCAGCUGACCAGGCCUCAGAGGAGCCACAGCCCCAGGACGCUGAAGGCAGCUUGGGCUCAGCAAACCUGGUGGAGCAGCUAGACAUCGAGGAACCAGAACAUUCCAAGCUUCCCCGAUACCUGGAGCGAUUUAAGGCCUCUCAGUCUAAACUGCAGGAGUUGGGCAGGAUUGAGGGAGAAAGCCUUUUGACGCUGACCACCCAGCUUGUCAAAGACAAACUCCCCGCAUGUGAGGCCGAGGACCUGGCUGCUUAUGAGCAGAAAUUGCGCGAGUGGCACCUGGAGCGGAUGCAGUUGAUCCAGAGGGAACAGGAGCAGAGGGAGAGAGCGAAGCAGGAAUACCAGGCCCUGAGUGCAGCCAAGACUGCAGCCUAGAGAGCCCUGCUGGAGGACUGUGUGGGCCAGCCCAGUGUCCGGCACAGACAGAUGGACUCAGCCUGCGCUGGCCAGCUUCUCCUUUUCUCUCAGCAAGCCAUGCAUAGCCCGAAAGCCACCGUGUGCUGCAUGUCAAGACACUGCCCAUCCAGAUGUCAAGGGCCCAGGAACUAAGAAAGUGGCAAAUGAUUGGCCAAAGCCUCCACCUAAAAUCUCUUACGGGCUUCCGGGGCUCACAGCGGAGUCCUGGGCACAGAGUGUGGAACGUUCUCAGUACCUGGUGAGGGUGAUGGAAGAAGCUGCAGCUGAGGGAUCGGGUCUGCAGCACAGAGUUUGACCGGUUUCUGGCCCUUGCCCAGGCACGUGGGGCCACAGGCUGCAUGUCCUGAGACCUUGUGCCCCAUAGUCCCGACCAGUGCAGAUACCCUGGUGAUUAGGCCUUGGGUGCUCCCACAUUCCCGGUACCCCUUUCCCACCACACCACGCCCUCCUCUUUCCCCUCUGGGAGAAGUCCAGCACAGGUCUCCAGACCACAGCCUCACUAGAUUUCUGAUUGUGGGAACCCACGGUGACAUUUAGAGAUGUGGGGGCUUUUUGAGAGAAACUCUGCCCUGGAUGUGAGGUCCUUGUAGCCUGACUGGAGUAACUUUUCCCACACAUUGUCAGAGACGUAAAAUGAACCUUUGGUACACGCGUGUGCACACAUGUACACACAGACGACUUUAGAGCAAGCCUUCUGUUAAAGGAGAAAAUGAGAAGGGAUGGAACUUGAAGUGCGGAGGGGACAGAAGUCAGUGCAGACGGUCAGAAGGUGGGACCUAAUUUUCCUGGAAGCCUCUCGGGGAGAGGUUCGGGGACUCGGCCUGCUGUGUGAUGUGGCCUUUCAGGGCAGUGGUGCAUCUUUAUUCAAGGCUGUAUUCUUCUAUCAAAACCUGGAGAAAUAAAGACGCCAAAUCCUCUCA